GACUCCUCUGAUGAUGGCAUGCACUCGGAGGAACCUCGGUGUGAUUCAGGAGCUGCUGGACCACGGUGCCAACCCCACCCUGAGAAACAAAGAUGGCUGGAACUGCUUCCACAUCGCCUGCAGGGAGGGAGACCCUCUGAUAGUAGAGCACCUGCUUCUUGCUUCACCAGGCCUGUGGAGGACUGAGAGCAGGACGGGCAGGACACCGCUGCACACCGCAGCGAUGCACGGCUGUGAGGAGGUUGUCAGGAUCUUGUUGGAGAGAUGUGCCUACAGUCCUGACAGUGGUGACAGCUGUGGAGUGACUCCUUUCAUGGAUGCUGUUAGGAAUGGACACCUGUCUGUGGCCCAGCUGCUUUUAGACAAGCACCAGGCAUCUCCUGUGGCAUCUGACAGACUCGGGGCUCAGCCCGUGCACCAGGUGGCCGUCACCGGCCAGGAGGAGGCUUUGAGGUUUUUGGUUCAGCACCUAGGUGUGGAUGUGAACCAGAAGGCCACUGAGAACCAGCUCACUGCCCUGCAUUAUGCAGCCAAG